CUCAGUAGCUACUACUUGUAGUUCAUCCUCCUUUACGUUUAUUCUAUCUCAUUUUUCCUUCAUACUCACUCUCACAGGAUUUACCUCAAUGGCACCAAGUUCUGCAGUGCCAGAUGAACAGGUUGUUGUUGGAGAGGAGAUUGAGCAUGUAAGGGUGGUCACCUUGAACAGGCCAAGGCAGUUGAAUGCCAUCUCCCCAGAACUGGUUUCUCUGCUAGCAACAUAUUUGGAAAAGUGGGAGAAGGACGAUAAAGCAGAGCUAAUUAUCAUAAAGGGUGCUGGUCGGGCUUUUUGUGCUGGAGGGGAUUUGAGAGUGUUCUAUGAUGGCAGGAAAACAAAGGAUGCAUGCCUUGAAGUGGUCUACAGAUUUUACUGGCUUUGCUAUCACAUUAACACCUACAAGAAAGCCCAGGUUGCACUUGUUCAUGGAAUUUCAAUGGGUGGAGGUGCAGCUUUCCUGGCCCCAUUGAAGUUCUCAGUUGUAACAGAAAAAACUGUUUUUGCCACUCCUGAAGCAAGUUUUGGAUUUCAUACUGAUUGUGGCUUCUCAUACUACCAUUCUCGUUUACCAGGGCAUUUAGGUGAAUACUUGGCACUUACUGGAGGAAGGUUGAGUGGGAAGGAAAUAGUUGCUGUUGGACUGGCCACCCAUUUUGUUCCUUCUGAGAAAAUUGCUGAGCUAGAGAGGCGCUUGAUUAGCUUGAAUUCUGGUGAUGAGAAUGCCGUAAGAUCAGUAAUUGAAGAAUUUUCUUCAGAGGUUAAAGUUGAUGAAGAGAGUAUCUUAAACAAGCAACCAAUAAUCAAUGAGUGCUUCUCAAAGGAUUCUGUAGAGGAAAUUAUAAAAUCAUUGGAAGUUGAAGCAAACAAGGAAGGAAAUGGAUGGAUAGGUGCAGUUUUAAAAGGGAUGAAAAGAUCAUCACCAACUGCAUUGAAAAUAGCAUUUAGAUCGGUUCGUGAAGGAAGGAAUCAAACACUAGCUGAAUGCCUAAAAAGGGAAUUCAGAUUAACAAUGAAUAUACUGAGGACUACAAUAUCUGAGGAUAUGUAUGAGGGUAUUAGAGCUCUCACCAUUGAUAAGGAUAAUGCUCCAAAGUGGGAACCUUCAUCGCUGGACAAAGUAGAAGAUAGAAAGUUGGACUUGAUCUUUCAGCCAUUUGAGAAGAAUUUGGAGCUGCAGAUUCCAGAAACUGAGGAAUGCAGGUGGGAUGGUAAAUAUGAGAAUUCACCUUAUGCUCUUCAAAAUUGAGAAAUUCCAAUCUCUACUUAGAUGUUGCUUCUUUUAAAAUUUCUCCAAAGCUAUGUCAUGGAUUUCUCUAUUUUCUGGUAUGCAUUUAUCCAGGCUACUGUUUUAUAUUCAUGAAAAAAGUUCAAGAACAGCUCUCUAAGUUUGUUGCUACUAUGUUACAUGUAUAGUAAAACUAUGUUGCAAAAGUGUAAUGCUCCCCUAUUUAUUUCAACUUGUUGUCAAGUUUUUGAGCAACUCUCAUGUUUAUGAUUAGUUCCUCUUAAAUAAAUUUUUAAUUAAGCUA